UCCUUUUCCGGUGGGAUUUUGUUUGGGUGAGUGUCUUCUCUACUUAAAAUCAGAAAAUAUCUAUUUAUUCUUAUAUUUUUAACCCACGAGCAGUUAGGAUGGGGAAAUUUAUGAAAAGCGGUAAGGUAGUAUUGGUCCUUAGCGGCCGAUAUGCUGGCAGAAAAGCCGUAAUCAUCAAGAACUACGAUGACGGCACUAACGAAAAGGGCUAUGGACAUGCUCUCGUUGCUGGAAUCGAUAGAUACCCAAGAAGAGUUACGAGAAAAAUGGGCAAAAAGAAGCAGAAAAUGCGCUCAAAAAUUAAGCCGUUUUUGAAAGUUGUCAACUACAAUCAUAUGAUGCCGACUCGCUACUCUGUCGACCUUGUAUUCAACAAAAACUUCGUUAAUAAAGAUGCCGUUACUGAUCCCGGCAAACGCAGAAAGGCCAGACGAGACAUCAAGGCUAAAUUUGAAGAUCGGUAUAAGUCUGGUAAGAACAAGUGGUUUUUCCAAAAACUGCGUUUCUAA